AUGGGGUCGGAACACUCCACCCAUUUGCACGGCGGUCACGGGGGCAGUCUAACCCACCCCCCGAAGCAGCCCCCCAACAUCCGGCGCCAGCACACCAUCGCGAACCCCGGCGGGGCUGAGCCCCCCGAAGGUGGGGAGAACGGCCGUCCGGGGUCGAUCUCCCCCGGGCCUAGUGUUUGCAGCGACACGGACUUGCCCUACAUCAGUUACACGGUCAAUCGGCCGAUUGGAGACUCGCCCAAGCUGACCAACAAACAGAUCGUCAAACCCAAGCGUAAAAUCGCGCAAAAGCAGCCGAAAAAAUCGGCUCAUAGUAUCGUGGUGGUCAAGCCGGCCAGCGUGGGCCCCAAUGUGGACAAAGACCCCGAUAUUGUGCGGCUUCAGAGCAUUCCCAUGUUCCUGCCCAUAAUGAGGGCCACGCUGAAUCUGCCGGCGGCGCGUGACCCCGAAGUGCUGGAGCGUCUGGACCCAGCCCCCUUGCACAAACUUUGCGUGAAGUAUCAGACGCAUUUGACGGCUUGUGCCAACUUGAUAGCCACAGAACAGAACCAGUUGACCCAGAAAGUGCGGGAGACUGACGGGGAAAUCGCCAGGAUUAUCAACGGUUUGGGGGAAAGACAGAAACGGUUUGCAAAAUAUGCAGAGAAGUUGUCCAAAGUCCAGGAGCUGUCUCAUCAGCUCAACCGCUGCCAUAUGUUGCUAAACCAGACGCUGGAAUCGAUGGAAACCUUGAACAAUCACCUCGAUAUUGAGGACCGACUGGAGCCCUUCGUUUGGACAACUGGAUGAUAGUUUCCGAAUGACAGCUGACACUUUGAUCUCAACAUAACCUAUUAUUAUUAUUAUUGUACAUUUUUCUUGUAACUGUUAAUUGAAUAAACGAUCGAUUGAGACAA